CCUUUACCACCAGAUGGCCAACAGUGCGCAGAGACAUCCCAGAUAGGUGGAAGAAGUACCAGACCUCUCUGUGCGCGUUCAUCUGCUCACCGCUAACGAGACCUCGGAGGACCAGACGACAAGGGGACACACUUCUGCUGCAGGAUGCUCUCGGUUAGGAUGGAGCUGCCAUGUUUAUGUUUACUGCUGCUGAGCUGUCUGCAGUCGCUCUCGGCCAACCAUGACUUCUACACCUCCAUAGGCCAGAUGACGGAUCUGUUAUACACAGAAAAAGACCUCGUCACCUCUCUGAAGGACUACAUCAGAGUGGAGGAGAACAAGCUCGAGCGGGUCAAACGGUGGGCUGAUAAGUUGGAUUUGUUGUCGGCCGCAGCCAUACAGGACCCCGAGGGCUAUUUGGGGCACCCUGUCAAUGGCUUCAAACUGAUGAAGAGGCUGAACACGGAGUGGGGGGAGCUGGAGAGCCUUGUGCUCAGUGACACCACUGAAGGAUUUAUUUCCAACCUGACGAUCCAGAGACAGCACUUCCCCACAGAUGAGGACCAGACCGGGGCGGCUAAAGCUCUCCUCCGGUUGCAAGACACUUACAGACUGGACACCAACACUAUCUCUACAGGAGACCUACCCGGAGUGAAACACAAGAUCCAGAUGACAGUGGAGGACUGCUAUGAGCUGGGGAAAAUCGCCUACUCUGAUGUCGAUUACUACCACACAGAGCUGUGGAUGGCCCAGGCCCUGAAACAGCUCGAUCGGGGAGAGGAGUCCACUAUAGAUAAGGUGACGCUGCUCGACUACCUCAGCUACUCCAUCUACCAGCAGGGGGAGAUAGAGCGAGCCCUGGACUACACCAAGCAGCUGCUUGCACUGGACCCAGAGCAUCAGCGCGCCAAGGGCAACCUGAAGUACUUUGAGUUCCAGUUGGAGAAGCUGAAAAAGGCUGAGGAGGACCCAACUCAAAAGGAGAAGGAGCGAGGGAAAAGAGAAACGACUGAGAAGAAGGUGAAGAAGGAGAAGCCCAAAAAGAAGUUCUUAACGCCACAGGUCCCAGAGAGGAAGAAGUAUGAAAUGCUUUGUCGUGGAGAGGGCAUUAGAAUGACCCCCCGCAGGCGGAGCCGGCUGUUCUGUCGUUAUUAUGACAACAAUCACAACCCCAUGUAUGUGCUGGCGCCCGUCAAACAGCAAGAUGAGUGGGACCAGCCCUACAUCGUCCGCUUCAUCGACAUAAUCUCCGACCAAGAAAUGGAGAGGGUCAAGCAACUGGCAAAGCCCCGACUACGCAGGGCCACCAUCUCAAACCCCAUCACAGGAGUGCUGGAGACAGCGCCGUACCGGAUCAGCAAAAGGCGAGCCACGGUGCAUGACCCCCUAACCGGGAAACUUACCACGACCCAGUACAGAGUCUCCAAGAGCGCUUGGCUCACUGGCUAUGAAGAUCCAAUGAUUGACACGAUCAACCAGAGAAUUGAGGAUCUCACUGGGCUGGAGAUGGACACUGCAGAGGAGCUGCAGGUUGCAAAUUAUGGCGUUGGAGGUCAAUACGAGCCUCACUUUGACUUUGGAAGGAAAGAUGAACCAGAUGCCUUUAAAGAGCUGGGCACCGGGAACCGCAUAGCAACAUGGCUCUUCUAUAUGAGUGAUGUGGCAGCAGGUGGAGCCACAGUAUUUCCAGAUGUUGGCGCAGCAGUUUAUCCCCAAAAGGGCUCUGCAGUGUUCUGGUACAAUCUGUUUCCCAGCGGGGAGGGAGACUACAGCACCCGACAUGCAGCUUGUCCAGUGUUGGUCGGCAACAAGUGGGUAUCAAACAAAUGGAUCCAUGAACGAGGCCAGGAGUGGCGGAGGCCUUGUGCCCUAAAUGAAACGGAAUGAUGGCAAACAUAGAAGCUUCCUCUUCACCUCCUCGGUCCUCUCACUCCCUCCUUCCUUGUGAACCUCCCCGGACCAAAGAACACUGCAGCAGAUCAGACAUGACACACACAUGGGGUCCAAAUGGCUCACCCCCCCCCCCCCUCUCUCUACAAACACUCCCCUUUCCUCCCCAGCUGUUACAGUCUGAGCCCACAGAUUGUUUGGGUUCAUGUCGAGCCCCUGGACAGUUUUAGCAUCACUAUGACGUAUGUUCUUAAGGUUGUUGGAUGGUUUUGGAGAAACACCCUUUUUCACUCCAACGUGUCCGUAUUUGCACUCUGUAUGAACUCUAUCUCUGAGGUGAGGUUAUCCUUCAGUAGUGACUGCUGGUCCUUAAGGACCAGCUUCCCCCCCGUCAGUUUGAACCUUAAAGGAACAGCUCACGUUUUCAAGAGGCCUAUCUGAUUCGUUGCAUUCCUUUCAUUUCAUUAGCGGAGCACUGGGCCUGUGUUGUUGUGUUUUUAAACAAUGGGAAUGCAUUGGGGUUGCACACUAUCUCUUUGUAAAAUGGUUUUUACACCUUUAAAACAGUUUAGUAUGUUUCUGAAACUGGCUUAUUCUUUAGAGGGAUUGAAUUAGGGUACAGUAGGUUCACUACAUUUCUUUCUUUAUUUACAUGUGGUAACAAAGUCUGCCUACAAUAACUUUGAUUACAUUUUUAAAAACCAAAGUAUGUGCUUUGUGGAAGGAAUAGACUCGGUACAUCAGAAAAUGGUCAGACUCCAAAAAUCUGACAACAAUUCAGUGUAGUGUAACUAAUCGGAA